AGCCUGCCACACCACAGUGGUGGAAGGAAAGGAAACGAGAGGGAGAGAGAGAGAAAAAAAGGAGGCACCCCCCGAUCUCCUCCUCCGCCCACCCCGAUCGCCCGACCGAUCGCCGCUCGGUGAAGCUUCCGGGUACCCUCCCCGCCGCCCGCUACGCCAUGGAGCCGCCGCACGCCGAGGAGGCCGCCGCCGCGGGAGGAGGAGGUGGAGAGGGCGGCCGCGCGAGCCCGGGCACCGGCCUCGAAGGGCCGAUGCUGAGGCUGGGGCUGGACGGCGGCGGGGACGGGGAGGGCGGGGAGCGGGAGGCGGAGGCGGACGCGCGGCUGCCGGAGCGCCCCGGCGAGGCGGACUGCGGCUACUACCUCCGCACGGGCGCCUGCGGCUUCGGGGACCGCUGCCGCUACAACCACCCUCGCGAUCGCGGCGGCACUGAGUUUGGUGGAGGUGCCAAGAAUGGAGCAGCAUCAGACUUUCCAGAGAGACAGGGUCAACCUAUAUGCGAGUAUUAUUUCAAGACUGGUACUUGUAAAUUUGGUUCCAAUUGCAAAUACCACCAUCCUAAGCAAGAUGGAUCAGUGCAAUCGGUUAUAUUAAACAACGGUGGAUUCCCUCUACGCCCGGGUGAGAAAGAAUGCUCCUACUAUAUGAAGACUGGGCAAUGCAAGUUUGGUACUACAUGUAAAUUUCAUCAUCCAGAAUUUGGUGGUAUUCCAGUGACCCCUGGAAUAUAUCCACCAUUACAAUCUGCAUCUGUGCCCUCCCCCCAUACAUAUGCUCCUCUUGCGAAUUGGCAAAUGGGAAGGUCACCUGUAGUUCCUGGAUCAUAUAUACCAGGUUCAUAUACUCCGAUGAUGCUCUCAUCUGGAAUGGUUCCAUUGCAAGGAUGGAGCCCUUAUCCGGCAUCGGUAAAUUCUGUAGCAUCAGGUGGAGCACAGCAAACUGUUCAAGCUGGACCAUUAUAUGGUAUAGGACACCAUGGAUCUUCUGCUACAAUUGCUUAUGGAAGUCCAUACAUGCCAUAUUCUUCUUCAACUGGACAAUCAAGCAAUAACCAUCAAGAACAUGGAUUCCCUGAGCGGCCAGGGCAGCCUGAGUGUCAGUAUUACAUGAGGACAGGAGAUUGCAAAUUUGGAGGUACAUGUAAAUAUAAUCAUCCUCGAGAUUGGAGCGCUGCUAAGUCCAAUUAUGUGUUCAGCCCUCUCUGCCUUCCACUUCGUCCGGGUGCUCAACCUUGUGCAUACUAUGCCCAAAAUGGCUAUUGCAGAUAUGGAGUUGCAUGCAAAUAUGAUCACCCAAUGGGUGCACUGGGCUACAGUUCAUCAGCUUUACCCCUAUCUGACAUGCCAAUUGCUCCUUACCCUCUUGGCUUUUCUGUUGCCACAUUGGCUCCAUCUUCGUCUUCCCCAGAAUAUAUUUCAACCAAAGACCCGUCUAUCAAUCAAGUAGCAUCACCAGUGGCAGCACCCGAGCCUGUUGGAGCAGUCUUGCCAAAAGGGGUUUUCCCUCCAGAUACCAUUAUGCGAACUCAGACUUCUACUACAGGUGUCGGCAGUUCAAGCCCUGGUGGUGGCCGCUGAUUUCUGAGCUGAGUGGAGUGAUCUCCUCAGCACAAUUUUUCUGUCGCUUUGACACAGUUCCGAUAGGCCUCUCCAAUGUGAAUAAGAAGCUGUGGCCUCUGUAGAGAAGCCGCGGCGAGGGUGGUUUUCUCUACCAUCACAAUAAGAGCAUUGAUAGGUUACAAGCAAGCUUGAUUCACUUGCAAUUUUUGCGUUCUUCUGUUCAUGUCCGAAAUGGGAAAGAGAAGGAAGGUUUUUUAAUGUCAGGUUCGAUAGCAUGUUGGGCAAGGUGGCGAGACUCAGGUCCAUUCCCUCGGUAAAUAAUUCUCAGGCAAGGAAAUUUUCGUUGUUAUCAGGAAAAUUUUCACAUGCGGAGUUACUGGGUUUUCUCCUCCACUUUUCCAAUUUUUUUUUUGUAUAUUGUCAUAUAUAUGUUACAUACAUAUAUCAUAUCAUCCACAGACCUGAGACUUGUAACUAGUACAUUUAUAUAUAUAUGUCCGUACUCGGAGCAAGGCGCAUUGUAAUGGACAAAGAAUGCUUAAUUGAAGAGAUCUCGCUGUCAUUACCGAAA